GAUGGACAAAGGCAACGUCGGGUUGUUAGCUAAUGCCCGGUUCCCAUUUUCCAUUGAUAUAAAGGGCUCAUUCAUCCUUUGAUCCCUUUCAUCUACGAACGACUCGAAUAUUCCUCGCAGCUCUGGCCAGCUUGUUACGUUUCCUUGGACGCGAUUUGCGGUCCAAAACACUCUUUCAUCACCUUUCCCUUGUAAAUCAUGAGAACAUUCAUUGUAUCCUACCGUGUUAUUAAAUUCGGGGUAUAUGUCCUCAUCUGUAUCGUGAAUGUGGCCAUGUUGGCUUUGUUGAUGGCCUCACUUAUUGUUGGGUCUAUAGGAUUGAUAGAGGGUGUUGCGAUUCUGUUAAACGGGCUUCCACCUGUCGUUACGAUGUAUACAAUGUUAUGGAGGUACCACAAAUACGAGUGGUGGUCUAAAGAUGAAAUUGAAGAACUAUCAAAGGUUCGCAGUAUGGUGACAUUUGGCGUCCUCUUUGUGAUUACUUUAACAUCGUCGAUUCUAUAUACUGUUCUCGAAGUACAGGGACAGCUGGUCGAAAGCUUUUCCGCGCUUUCGAACUCGAACUCGUUGGCCGUUGUUCUAGUUGUUCUGUCGUGGGUUUCACCACCAGCAGUUGUUAUUGGCUUCGUUGUCGCGUACAAAGAAAACUUGCAGUCCCCACCUAUCGUCCGACCUCCCCGAAUGGUGGGCAGAUUUUGUAAUGAUGAUGCGAACAUUUCUCGGACGCACUCCAUGGUACUGGGUCACGUAACCACAGAGUACAAAAUAGGAAGCUUCACUAGCUGGGAUCCAUCAAAGACUCAUAGGAUGGUCAUACUAAGGGCACAACUAGAAACAAAAUGUCAAAUUCCAGAGCGAUAGACCACUGUGACAUUAGACUAGAGACUGGGAUUAUUUUUCUCAUUCUUGCUUCUGUCACGUUGCUAAAUGCAUAC